GAAUUGUUAGGUCACACUUGCAGAGAAAAAGAUGGCGGGCGACUGUCGGAAAAGAAUUUGAAUUUUUGGGUUGCAAAUAUUGACCAUUUUCUCGCUUGUACUUGACUUUCAAAGGUAGAUUGUGUAAUAUCAGGCGACGAGAGAAUGAUUAUGCAAGAGCCAGUUCAGGCGGCCAUCUGGCAUUCCUUGAACCACUAUGCUUUUGCAGACGCCAUCUUUCUCGCAGAACGGUUAUACGCAGAGGUUGGUUCAGAUGAAGCCUUGUUCCUGUUGGCCACCUGCUACUACCGAUCAGGGAAGCCGUACCGAACGUACAUGUUACUCCAGUCCAGGGGAUGCCCCACUCCACAGUGCAAGUUCCUGUAUGCAAAGUGUUGCAUAGAUCUGGAAAAGUAUGCAGAGGGAGAGUCCACUUUUGUGGGAGGGGCGAUCGGCAAGCAGCGUUCUUAUGAAGAAUUGGUGACAGAAUUCGGAGACGCGGGAUGUUUCUCCAUGCAGCUUCUUGGGAAGAUAUUUGCGAAGAGUGAGAGAAAUAAGAGAGCCAGUGAUUGUUACAGACAGAGUCUGAAACACAACCCUUUCCUGUGGUCCAGCUACCAGGCUCUAUGUGACAUUGGAGAGAAGCCAGACCCAGACGAGGUGUUUCAGCUGACCAACCUGCAGAACUUCAGCUCUUGCCAGUCUUCCUUCCCUCCCCCCACCCUGACUCCCCACCAGGGGGGGACCUCGGACAUCACCCCUCCAGCACAGGACAGCACUAAGUCGCCGCUGGUAAAGCUGCAGACCCCCACCCCCACCAGCUCCACGUCUGUGGGUCUGGACAUGUCGACAGGAUCCCCCCAGCCCCUGGUGCAGAGAGUGCGGGGGAGGGCGGGGAGAAGCCUGCUAGGGGGGCCGGCAGCCCUCAGCCCCCUCACACCCAGUUUUGGAGUUCUGCCUUUAGACACCCCCAGCCCAGACAUGUUCAGUACAGGGUCCUGCACCUUUGUGACCCCCUCACCCACCACUGUAGAGUGCCCACACAUGGACGCCAGGGCUCCCAGCAAGAAGGUUGUAACAAGAAGAAGCUACCCGUCCCAGACCAAACCUGCAGUGUUCAGCCAGACAGGCAACAGUGGCAAUGUGAAGGAAUCCAACACGUUAAACACCCCCAGUCCUAGUCCCAGUGGUCCUCAGGUUCUUGUACAGACGACAGCUCAAGGUGUCCGCCGUAGCACCCGCCUCUUCACUGCCUCCAACUCUGUAAAGGAAAAUAACAAGAAGCCAAAAACAAGAUUUGCUGCUCCAAAAGCCCCCGCAAAGAAGACGAAGAGUCGUACAGGGAAGGGGACGUCCUCCCAGCCUACUAUCACAGAGGGAUCCGAGAUCAUCAAACCAGAGAGCACCAGUACUACAGAGUCUAAACCCAGCCAGUUACAGGUCACCUGGGCUGUCAAUGUACAGAAGGCUGCUGCUGAGGGCCUUAUGACGUUAAUGAGGGACCUAGGCCACGCCUACCUAGCACUAAGCCACUACGACUGUCGGAAGGCUGUGUCGCUGUUCCAGCAGCUGCCCCAGCACCAGUACAACACGGGCUGGGUGCUGUCUCACAUCGGAAGGGCAUACUUCGAACUGGCAGAGUACCACAAGGCAGAGAAGGCGUUUAAGGAGGUGCGUAAGCUGGAGCCCCACAGGGUGGAGGGUAUGGAGCUGUACUCCACAGCCCUGUGGCACCUACAGAAGGACGUUCUACUGUCCUCACUAGCACAGGAACUCUCCGACAUGGACAGGGACUCUGCACAGUCCUGGUGUGCUGUGGGAAACUGUUUCUCCCUGCAGAGAGAACACGACACGGCCAUCAAGUUUUUCCAGCGAGCCAUCCAGGCGGAGCCCAACUUCGCGUACGCGUACACGCUGCUGGGACACGAGUACGUGCUGAACGAGGAGCUAGACAAGGCCAUGUCGUGUUUCAGGAACGCCAUCCGCACCGACCCCAGGCACUACAACGCAUGGUAUGGAGUUGGGAUGAUCUACUACAAGCAGGAGAAGUUUAGUCUGGCUGAGAUCCACUUCAGGAAAGCCCUGGCCAUCAACCCUUUCAGCUCUGUUCUACUCUGUCACAUCGGAGUGGUGCAACAUGCCCUUCAGAAGUCAGACAGUGCCCUACAGACCCUGAACAAGGCCAUCACAGCAGACCCAAAGAACCCGCUCUGUAAAUUCCACAAGGCUUCCAUCCUAUUUGCUACGGAAAGAUACAAGGAUGCAUUGAAGGAGCUGGAAGAGUUGAAACAAAUUGUACCCAAGGAAUCCUUAGUAUACUUCCUUAUGGGCAAGGUGUACAAGAAGUUAGGACAGACUCAUCUUGCCCUGAUGAAUUUCUCCUGGGCGAUGGACCUGGACCCUAAAGGUGCCAACAACCAGAUAAAGGAGGCGAUCGACAAGAGGUACCUGCCUGAAGACGACGACACGAUGGACACAGAAGACGACAUCACUGCAGACGAUGCCGGGGAAGAUUCAGUAACAAUCAUGGAUGAGCAGCCAUUAGACCUUGACCUGCAGGGUGAGGGGAGUCCGGGGGAGGUGGACACGAGUAACGAGGCGGAUGCGGAGGACGUCCAGCUCCACGCCAUGGAGAGCGACGAGAGCUUGUAGUACACGCUGGCCACUGGCAGCCAUUUUGUAACCAACGGACAACACGUUUUCGAAAAGCCUUUCUUUCUGAGAAUUUGAGACAUGUGUUUGAAAGCCUUUCUUUCUCAGCAUCUUAAACAUGUUUUGGAAAGUAUCUCUGAGCAUCUGAAACAGGUUUUUGAAAGCAUCUCUUUCUGAGCAUCUAAACAUGUUUUUGAAACCUUUCUUUCUGAGCAUCUAAACAUGUUUUUGAAACCUUUCUUUCUGAGCAUCUAAACAUGUUUUUUGAAAGCCUUUCUUUCUCAGCAUCUGAAACAUGUGUUUGAAAGCAUCUCUUAGCAUUUAAAACUUGUUUUUGAAAGUAUCUCUGAGCAUCUGAAACAUGUUUUUGAAAGCCUUUCUUUCUCAGCAUCUGAAACAUGUUUUUGAAAGCAUUUCUUUCUCAGCAUCUGAAACAUGUUUUUGAAAGCCUUUCUUUCUCAGCAUCUGAAACAUGUUUUUGAAAGCAUUUCUUUCUGAGCAUCUGAAACAUGUUUUUGAAAGCUUUCUCUCUGAGCAUAGAACAACCUUGUCUUGUUCAUAAGUCAACUAAAUGAAUGAUUUUUGGAGGUGGUAACCAUACCUGGGGCUCUUUCAGAGAAAUAGAGACAAUUUUACUCUAGAAAAAGUUGGCAGAAAGUAGCUUUUGACAUGAGAUGGCAUGCAGCUUACAAGUUUGAUUAUUCCAUAAUCUUUUUUCCUGUAUUUUUUUAAGCAAAGGCAAAGUGAAAAUGCAGUUGAGCCACACCCACCUACUAUAUAUUCUGAAUUUCUGAUAUUUAAUAAUUCCAGUAGUAAAAAUCUGAAGCAGUACUUUUUGUUGUUCCUCACAUUACAACAUGCACUUGUGCCUAGGACAGUAAGUGAUAUGGCCACCCAAAUAGUUCAUAGAUUUUAGUAUUUCACGAAUAAUCAAAAGCUCAAACAAAACAAAAGAAAACAAACAACCAUUUCCAAGUGUGUGUUACUCUAAAUUCAAUUUAAGUUCAUGUCACCUAAAUUUUGUAGCCUGGUAUAAAAAGAGUUGAUUGUUGGAACCAAAGUAGCAAUACAAAGGAGUUGCCAGUGCCUGUUCGUGAAGAAAUGAACAUGAAAAAUUACAAC